AUGGCGACAGCGGGCAAGCAGCAGGUCAUACCAGAGAGCGAGCGACUCAACGUCGCGGUGGGGUUCAUUAAUCAGAUCGAGGCGCGUCGGCUGGUGCAGCUGCUGACGCGGGUAGUGCGCGGGCUGCACAUUAAGAACGGCCGCCCCUUCAAUGCGACCGAGGAGGAGCAACUCCAGAAGGUGUUCGGCUUCAGCGCCUCCGAACUGCAGCUUGUCAUCGACUCGUGCUCCUUCAUCUUCGAACGUGCCGCCUACUUCUCGCUCGCAACUUCCGCGCGGCUCGGGAACGAGCUCAGCCAAUCGCUCACAUCGCCCUCUCUCGGCGAUGAUCAGUUGGCCGCCUUCAAACACGUGUGGGAGCACGAGCGAGAGGGCUUGCUCGACAAACUGAGGCAGCACUCGCUCAGCCCUCACCAGCUCGACAAGAUCCAUUGGCGACUGCAGCUCGUCCCUGGCAGCAAGAAGAAAGGCGACACUGGCAAGCAGCAUCCGAUCCCACAGCCCAGCGCCAUCUUCCAGAUGCGAAUCAACAACGCGAAUGCGGUCGACGAGGAGGACGGCAAGGCGGAGGAGAUGGUGAAUGUCGAGUUCAACCACGCCGAACUGUACAGCUUUUUCAACAAAUUGGAGGCCAUCCAAGAGCAGCUUGAUGCCUUGGGCUGA